UGACGCUCCUCUCCACCCUCCUCUUCUUCUUCCUCCUCCUCCCGCCACCUCCCCCAAACUAUCCCUCCACAUCCCCAAUAAUCCCGCACAGAUCCCUCCUCGACACCAACACCACCACAUCAACCCCAUCUUCAUGCUCCUCGAUCCACCAAAACCCACCUUCCCAACGCUGCAAUUUCUCCCUCCAGCAUUGCUCAUCCAAUGGCCUAUUCAACUACUACUCCCUCCAUUUCUGCGUUCUCCAAGAAAACCCAUUUCUCUCCGUUCCUAUUCUUGUUCUCUCUCUCCUCCUACAGUUUUAUAUCUUGGUCAAGGCAGCACAAGAUCAAUUCUCUGUUGUGGUCACGAAACUCUCAACUUACCUCAAUUUAUCACCAUCUAUGGGUGCGGUGACUCUUCUGGCUCUUGGAAAUGGCGCUCCUGAUGUAUUUGCAUCGGUGGCCGCUGUCCGGGGAGGCCAACCAAGAACUGGGUUUGGUGCAAUCCUUUCAGCUGGGACCUUUGUUUCUGCUUUCGUUGUUGGGUUUGUGGCGAUUUAUGCCGCACCCUUUUCGGUUGAGACCGGUGCAUUCGUGAGGGACGUGUUGUUUUACUUGAUUGCUACUUUCUUUUUGUUUUAUGUGUAUUUGAGUGCUGAGAUUUUCCUUUGGCAGGCUAUUGGGUUUGUUGGGUUUUAUCUGUUUUUUGUUGGGUUUGUCUUUUGGAUGGAUUUGGGGAUGGGCGGUGGGAAAGGAAAGCAUAGGGGUGCGGAUGUGGUGAGUUUUGUUGGGGAUGGGGAGUUUCAAAAGGGCAAAAUACAACUGGAUUUUGAAAAUGGAGCAAAUUUUGGGAAAUUUGAAAGUAGAACGCCAGGUUACGGGUUCUGGGAAGUUCUUGCAAAGGUAUGA